AGUUUACAACCAGUUACCGAGUGUUCCGUGUGUUUGUGUCUGACUUUAUGUUUUCUGUUAUUUGAGUGAACCAAAUGAAGCGCAACUAAUCAAUCAGGAUGGCAGGACGACCAGAAGUCCGUUUCGAGGAAGCAGAGAAAAGGAAGGGAGUGAUUCUUCUAAGCAUAGGGAUAACAUGUGCCGUGCUAGCAUGGUUGGCAAGGAAUUCUAUGACGUUGUUGAGUGUUAUCACGUUGUUGGCCGUUUAUUUGAUGACUGGAGACCGAUAUCAGUGGGUUUAUAUUUGGAAGAAGACUGUUCGACGAGAUUUUUUAGGUUUCCGCGUAAUAAUAAGGACAAUAUUAACAAUAACAAUGUGGGAGCAUACAGGCACGACAGUGGUGAGCCGAUUUGCACAGCAUGUUCAACUGCAACCGAACAAGAAAGCCUUUGUCAUGGACCAUCGGUCUAUUACUUACAAAGAGGGUGACGAAUUCAGUAACCGCAUCGCCUGGUACUUCAAACGUCAAGGAUUCAAGCCUGGUGAAGUUAUAGCUCUAUUCAUGGAAACACAGCCUGAGUACGUUUUCUUAUGGCUGGGUUUGGCCAAACUCAAGGUCAUUACCGCGUUAAUUAACACAAACUUGAGAGGAGCUCAGUUAAUACAUUGCUUGAGGAUUGCUGGUUGCAAGGCUUUGGUAUUUGGAGACGAGUUAGCGAAUGCCGUCAAAGAAAUCCAAUCAGAAAUAAGGGAUAUGCCACUCUUCCAAUUCAACUCACCGGAUCGUCCAUCAACGACCAUUCUGCAAAACACGCCGUCCUUGGCAGCAGAGCUGAAAGAGAUGGCGAAUGAACCUUUCGAACCAAUACCAGGCAAACCUAGAGACACGCUUUUGUAUAUAUACACCAGUGGCACUACAGGGUUUCCGAAAGCUGCCAUUAUUCCUCAUGUCAGAUAUCUUCUUAUUCCACUUGGCGCUAACACAUCAGCACGUCUCACUAAGUCUGACAUUAUUUAUGACCCCCUUCCGCUCCACCACACGGCAGGAGGGGUCCUCGGCGCGGGCCAGUGCUUGGUCAUGGGCUGUACUGUGGUAUUGAGGAAAAAAUUUUCAGCUUCUAACUAUUGGAAGGACGCUGCGACUCAUAAAUGUACCUGUACCCAAUACAUCGGUGAGAUGUGUCGUUAUCUUCUCAACACUCCGCCAAGUCCUGCAGAUAAAACACAUGGUGUUACUACCAUACUAGGCAAUGGACUAAGGCCUCAGAUCUGGGAAGAGUUCGUUAACCGCUUUAACAUUAAGAAAGUUGUCGAAUUUUAUGGAGCCACUGAAGGGAAUAGCAAUCUCAUUAAUUUGGAUUCUAAAGUAGGUGCCAUUGGGUUCAUGUGCAGAUUGGUGGCGUCUGUCUAUCCUGUUAUUCUAGUCAGAUGUGAUGAAAUCUCUGGCGAAAUAUUGAGGGACAGCAAUGGAUAUUGCAUCACAUGCGGACCUCAAGAACCCGGUCUACUUCUCGGCAAAAUAGACGCGAGCAAAGCGAUUCUUACUUUUUCCGGCUAUGCUGAUAAAACAGCGUCUGAGAAAAAGAUGGUUCGCAACGUCAGGGCACAGGGAGACUGCUAUUUUAAUACCGGAGAUAUUAUGGUCAUGGACCAUUUUGGGUACUUUUACUUUAAAGAUCGGACUGGAGAUACGUUUAGGUGGCGUGGAGAAAAUGUGUCCACAGCAGAGGUGGAAGGCGUGAUCAGUACUAUUGUUGGCUUGAAAGAUACAAUAGUUUAUGGUGUAAAGGUUUGUUCAAUGCUUUCCCUUUGAAUUGUAUUAUACGUU